UUUACAAAAAUGAUUUCAUUUAUUAUAUUGUGUUUUGUUUGACAUUUGUUUUUGCCAUUGAAAGUGAUUAUAUCCGCUACUUAUGGUUUGUGUUGUUCGGCCGCCUAUAAAACUGGUCAUUCAUUAAGUCAUUCAACUAUAUCUUACAGAUGGACUUCAGCGCCAAGAGUCUGAAAGGUCUGGUCUCAGAUGUGGGCACUGUCUUCACCAGAGCUAAACAGUACGCUGAAGAGACUAUAGGAACGGCCGAGAAGACCGAAUUGGACGCCCAGUUUGAGAGUUUAGCCGAUAGAGCCGAUCGCACCAAACUGUGGACAGAGAGGAUAGUAUCGAAAACGGAGGCAGUAUUACAGCCAAAUCCAAAUACUCGUUAUGGAGACAUGAUUUUUGACAAAAUAGGUCCCUUAAAGGGUGAACGGACACGCAAUCUUGAGGCUCUCGGCACUGAUAUGAUCGAUGCCGGAGUCGAGUACGGUCCGGGAACUGUUUAUGGCAGUGCUCUCAUCAAAGUUGGUAAAGCACAGCAAAGUUUAGGCGGAACCGAACGCGAGUUUGUGGCCAAUUCUGACCGCAAUUUUGUUCAACCGUUGCGAAAGUUUUUAGACGAAGACAUGAGAACAAUCACUAAAGAGCGAAAGAUUUUGGAGACCAAACGGUUAGACUUAGACGCGGCUAAAAACCGUCUGAGAAAAGCCAAAACUCUUGAGUCGCAGACUAAUUCAAAGCUUAAGCCAGAAAUGAUUGCUAAGGAGAUCGAUCAGGCCGAACAUGAGCUCAGGUUAGCUCAAGAAGACUUUGAUCGGCAAAUAGAGAUAACACGGCUUUUACUGGAAGGUAUCAGUGCUGCACAUUCAAAUCACGUGCGCUGUCUCAAUGACUUUGUGACGGCACAGAUAGCAUUUUAUGCCCGAUGCAAUCAACACAUGUGUGAUCUUCAGCGUGAACUACAGUCGCCCGGUUCAGCACUAUCUAGUAUUAGAGGACAAGUCAAUGAUUUGACCUCACCAUCCGAUGAAAUCAAACCGAGUUUACCGCUCGGGAAACGUUAUGCAAAAGCUCUAUAUGAUUACGAAUCGAAGGACAGCUCAGAACUGUCACUAAUGGCUAAUGAAGUGAUAAUUGUUUCGCAUUCAUCUAAUUUAGACACUGAUGUCAUGAUUGGUGAAAGAGGUUCCCAAACGGGAAAGGUACCACUGGCCUAUCUUGAGAUUCUCAACUAAUUUUUAAGCAUCACUUUUAGCUUAUUUUUUAAACAUCAGCUAAUUAUCAACUACUAUAAAAUAUCAAUUUAUAUAUUGUAUAUUAUAUUU